AUGGUUAUCUUUUCUUCUGUAAUUCUUGCGGCUCUUUUUGGCUCCUUGCUCGCUCAUGGAGUCGUUACUGACCCUUCACCACGAGUGGUCGGUGGUGCUAAUCUAGCAGCUUGCGGCGCGGCUGUGUACAAGGUUCUCAAAUCUGGUAAAGCACUCUUAUUAUGCGUCGAAAAUGCUGCUGCUAAGAUCGACUCUGACUACAACGCUACUGCCUGUUACCUGUUCUUCUGCCGUGGCUACCAGUACGAAGACAACGUAGACAGUACUCGAGUUUACGCCACUGGACAGGUUGUUCCUUUUGCGGUGGAUAUCGAGGCCCAUCACACCGGAUAUGCGAAUGUUUCCGUAGUGAACUUGGCUACUCAAACGCCGAUCGCACGCCUCUUUACGUGGGAUGUGUAUGCCAACGACUCGCUUGGUCCGUCCCAGUGGCCCAAGAACGAAAGUUCCUUCAAUGUCACUAUCCCAGACCUAGGAGACACUUGCACCACUGCUAGCGCCUGCGCGAUCCAGUGGUGGUGGUAUGCGACAAAGAACGUCCAGACUUUUGAGAGUUGUGUUGAUUUCGCCACCGCGUAG